AUGGCACUCCUCUUCAGCUCUGUGGGGUUAGCAGCUGCAAUCUGCAACGAGUUUCCGUCAAUCUACAACGAGCUUAGCUCCCAGGCAGUCGCAAGCUGCGACAGCACUGUCACCAAUACUAUACAGGGGUACUUCCACAGCUCUGUUCUCAAGUACGGCAUCGCUACUGUAACAAGCACCCAAGCAUGCUGCCAGCGGUGCAGCCUUGACCCAUUCUGCAGAUAUUGGUCCAUUGACACUGUAGCGGGGACGUGCAUCCUAUACGACAUGACAGCAUGCACUGCCUCCUCAAGCUUGUUCUACUCGUUCAACAAGAACAAAUUUGUGACGGGUGUGGGGACCGGGACAGGCAAGCGCUACUCUGCGCUACUCUACUUCUGCGUAAGCGCAACCAAAGACCCGCACUUUGAGUUUCUCGUCCUCGAUCGCACAAUCAACGCAACCGUCAAUUUCGGAUUUGACUUCCAUGGUGAAGCAGGACAGUCCUACUGCAUGGUCACUGAUUCCCGGCUACAGCUCAAUGUUCGCAUGUUCGGCCUCAGUCCGGAAGCAAAGAUUAUCAAGGAUCUCAGCGCACAGCCAGACCCGGACCCAUUCUUCCUGGGAACCUGGAUGUACGCCCUUGAGAUCAUGUACCUGGAUCAGUAUGGAGAGCAGCAGGCUUUGAGUAUUGUCCAAGUUGACACCAAGAAAGGAGCUGAGGACGCACUGCCGUUGCUCGUGAGCUCCCAAGGACACGUGCUUGAUUUGGCAAAGGCUCCGUGGACCAGCGAUGACGGCCUAGCAUCUGUUGCUUUAGCUAGCCACCAACACGGCAGCAAAGUGAUCAUCACAGUGGACGACCUGGUAAACCUCGAAGUGAAGGUGGAUUACGAGACAGAGCUCAUCGUCGAGCCACCCGUCCGUUUCCUCACUGUGAACCUCAGGAGCUUGUCAACGAGUACCGACGUCCAUGGGUUUUUGGGCCACAUGUUCCGCCCCGGCGCAGUCGAAGAACGUCUGGCAAUGGGCACGCUGGAUUGCCUUGGCCAUCGAGAGUAUAUCGAGGGGUUGGACCAAGACUACCAGACUACGAACCUCAGCACCUUCGACUGUUCGUUCAGCCGGUUUGGAAAGGUAAGCCACGACUCCGCUGGAAAAUUGAUAUUGAAUCUAUCGCUGACGAUGGAGUCGCGGUACUCGAAGCUGGCGGCCGUGGCAUCAAGAGAUGAAAGGCUUCUGGAAGUCUCAACAGACCUGCACGGUUCUCGUUCGAACCCCUGGCCAGUCAGUCUGGAGCGCCAGGGCACGGAAAAUGGGUUUGUGUUGUAUUGA